AUGAUACCCUCGACUCGAAUUUGUAUAGCCCCGAAUUGUCAAGCAUAAUCCCGAUUAAUUUAAUCCAUAAAGGAACUCGAUUAUCACAAAGGCCAUAGUUCCUCCAGUCUGGGAUAACUCACCAAGAAAUUGAAAGAUGUCAUACCUGAAUUCCCAAUCACUGCAAGCACCAAACAAAUUAUUGAAUCUAAAUUUCAAAUUAUUUCGGAAUACUUGCAGAAGAAAUAAGAAAUUUAUCAGAAGAAAUGUGAAAAAUAUGAAUUGAUUGAGGCAGCAUCCAAAUUUAUCAAUUCCGAAUACUCCUUAUUAAAUGAACGGGCAAUAGAUUUAAUAGUCAAAGCACUGCCCAAUAACAUUUCAGAAACCCUAGAAUUGCAGACUGCUUAAUAUUGUGAAUUACAAAUUCAAAUUCAAAAAGAAUUGGAUGAUUUAUUUCAUUUAAUUAGUGCAGAUACAAAAUAAGAAUCAAUUUAACCUGUCCAAUAAGUUCAAUCACCAAAAAAGAAAAUAUCCCAAAUUCAAACUGCAGCAAUCCCAAUCGCCAUCACUGAGAAACCACAAUUCAUAAAAAUGCCACAAGCCUAUGAUUAACUUACCAAAUUUGAAAUCGUCAAUCAAAAAGCAAAACACUUAGAAGGAUAUCCUUCCUUCGUCAUGACCAACCAAUUACUCAAAGAGGGCACUCAAAUUAGAUUUGAGAUCAUUAAGAUAUAGAGUGACUAUGUAGGAAUAGGUAUAGGAGCUAUGGAACGAGUAUCUAUUGAAAAAAAUGGAUUGAUCCUUACUGGAGAGUAGCUCUAAACAGUUGGCCAUGGCGUGUACAUGAAUUUUAAUGACAAAUGUAUUUACCAUAGUGAAAUUGAAAAUGGGGCUGUUUAAGGAAAGGACAAAGGUAUUUCAUUUUAAGAUGGGGAUAAAAUUCUCUGCACUUAUUCAUAAGGACAACUGACCUUUUUAAAUUUGAAAACCAACUCCUCAUAUACAAUGAAAGUUACCUUAACCGAUAUUAUAUUUAUUGUUUGGUUAGACUUGAGUGAAAUUAAAAUUAUUUGA